UCUCGACGUAGUAUCCUCAUCACCUAUAUCCAUCCUUCAUCCAUCCAGCCUAUUCAAGUUUGACAUCUGGCGCCCCUAGUCAGAUCCACCACGUAGCCGCUCCUAGGUUACGCCACCUAUCCUUCCUCCUUCCUUUACACACCGCUACUUCAGAGGGCAACACGCACAGCCAUCCCUUGCUUGAAGUAUCCUAUUCGAGGCAACAUACCGUCUCCUUCUUCGACUGCAGUCACGUGAUCUAUCGUUCAACGAGACACUGCUCGAACAGGAAAGAACGACGACCUUGACAACAGCGACAGCAACAGCAAAAUGAGGCUCAUUUGCAUGUAUUCCAUCCACACCUCAUCUCGGACAAUGUCGCUUCAACGAAACAAGAGCGGCGACCCCUGAGUUGUGUGCAGCAAGCGAAGAAGAAGCGUUGUGGCGGAGACUGCAUCUGCAUUACGGUACGCCACAAGAGACUCACGAAUGCGCUCCUAUCAGCCUGAUGACAUACUAUCGACGGAUCUUGCUCGCUAGACACCUCCGCGAGCCAUAUACUGCUGCUGCCUGAGCCCCUCCUCGGUCCUUCGUUCAUCAUCCCUAUGAGACGCGACGACGAUUGCCUUCCCAAGACCGCCCCCCCCCAUCACCAUCUGCUCCACCUCUCCGCAGUUGAAGAAGCGAUACGUGGCAUAACAACUUUAUGCCAAACCGAGAGCAACACACUCGAGGAUAUACUUGUAUACCACCACCUGGCGUGACCCCACCCUCCCCUCAUGAAUGACGCCUGUUGCUCUGUAUUAAUUUGCAUGGUGUAUGCGGCAGUUAUCAUCAGGUACUUGUACGGGAGGAACUCGCUGCAUACUUGACCACAUCGAGUCGUAAGCUAGGGCUACCGUCGCUUCCCACUGUGCCAAUCAUCUAUCAUACCUUCCCUUUCGCCUAUGAUGGAGCUGAUGGCAGUGCUUGAUUUCAUGAGUCGGACGAUCAUCCAGCCAGCCACGAUCUUGACAUCCUCCCGGCCCGUAAUUGAUCCCGCAAGCAACUCUACCUUCCCGCGCGGCACCCUCAUCGCCUCGCCGUACACCCUCGGUCGCCGAGGCUGGCUCUACGAAUGGUCAGGUCCCAUCAAUUCGCACGCGCGCGUGAGAUUUCUGCCGUUUCUUGGUCUCUCGCGCUUGCCUCUCUUUGCGACUUUCGCAGUAAUGGUAUAUCGAGAUGCAGCUUGGUACAGUAUACGACCACACAGAUACAGCACUCGAUGACACCAGAAACAACUCUCUAGGUUCAGUAGAUGCACGUCCAUUGCUAGCAAGCGGCUUUUGGGACGUUCUGCGCUAGGGCCGCCUGCGUGCGAGUUAGUGCCGAGGCGAAGCUCCAGUACGGUGGAGGAAUUUCGGCAUGUGGCUGGAAGUUUUCGCCCCCCUAUUUCUCUUUCUUCUCUUUCCAACCCACUCUCAUUCGCAGCGACAAGCCUCUAACCUCCCUACCAGAGACAUCACUCAACCCAUCUCACACUGCCACACUCCACGAUGUCUCCCAGCGAAGAGGUCAUCGUUCACCCUCCCCCAGACGAGACUAUUGUACGCUCCCACACUCCUCAUACGCCCUACGUCCCUUCCGCUUCGACUCCCAUCGUCAACACCGACUCCACCACCAAUCCAAACGUCCUCGGCCUGCAUAUCUAUGCAACACCCUCUCCCUCCUCUUCUCCUCCCUCUAAUAGUCCACAGCCUCAAUGUGAGAAUACUAGCGACAGGGGCAAGACCAAAGCUAGAUCCUCCGCUCACACCAUAAAGACGGAUAACCCCAAGGCAGGCAGUAGGGAGGAUUGGGCUUUGGCGGUGGCGAAGAGAGCGAGGAAGCACGCCGAGGAUCCCACGCACACUGAUCUAUCUUGUGAGCGAUGCAGAGAGCAGGGACAAACGAGAUGCGACCGCGACGACUUCAACAUUUGUACUCGCUGCCGCGUAGCCGACGCUCAUUGUCGUUACUACGCCCCGGUGAGGAAGCGAGGGUCAAAUAUGACUCCCACCAGGAAGCUCCUUGUCCAGGGGCGUCCCAGCAUGAGCAGACUUACUACCGGCACCCCUUCCACCCGGUCCCUUGCUCCAUCUUCAGCCAUGUCUUCCUUGACUUCGAUUAUCGCCCCCGCUACCACUACGGCCAAGAAGAUGCCUUCCGUCGAGCCUAGGGUCCAGUCUGCCACCGCCAGCGCUUCCAGGCCCGAGAAUCGCUCGCCCGCUCGCAUCACCAUAGUGAACAAGGCCAAGGCGAGCGACGGGAAGGAUUCGGCCUCGAAGAAACACGCGAGAGAUUACACCGCGGAUUGCACGCAAAACAGUACCUCUUGUGAGCGUUGCAUACAAAGACGAACGAGAUGCGUUUGCGACGACUUCAACAGCUGCGCCAACUGCCUCAAAGCCCAAGCCGAAUGUCAAUAUGAAAUCACGUCGGAGGGCAAGCAAUGGUCGAAGCAGGCUUCCAGGGAACUCUCCGCUAUGGAGCGUCUCAGCAUCGACAACAAUGCCAUCGGCGCCCCGCCCGCCCCGUCCUUUGCCUCGUCUUCCACCAACAUGUCUUCGUUGACGUCUAUCACCUCCACUGCCACCCCGACCACGCAGGAGCCUUUCGUCGAGCCUACUCGCACGGUCGACUUUACGGGCGAUCCCACCGCUGGUACUCCGAAUUCCAAUGAUCAUCAGUCUUCCGCUCCCAUCACCAAGACCAAUAGCACCAGAGCGAGCGGCGGAGAGAAUACAGCUUCGCCGGAGAAGAAAGGGAGGAAGAAGCACGCCCCAGGUUAUACCCGCCAUUUUCUUUCUUGUGAGCGCUGCAGACAGCAACGUAGGCAGUGCGAACAUGACGGCUUCAACACUUGUAAUCGCUGCCUCUUGGCCCGCGCCGAAUGCCUCUACCAUGUCCCGACUGGCAAGCGAGGGUCGCAGAUAGCUUUGGCUAGGGAGCGCCUUGCUAUGGGGCGUCUCAGCAUGAGCGACAUUAUCGUCGGCACCCCACCCACCCCGGCUUUUGCCUCUUCAUCCAGAAUGACUUCCUUGACUCCUACCGUCCCCACCACUCCUACUAAGAAUUCGUCCGGCGUCAGGCUUACCAUCGAGUCUACCGUCAAGCCUACUACGGUCAAGCCUACUACCGACAGGCCUGCCGUUGAGUCUGCCGUCGAUUCUACAGUUCAGUCUGCCGUCGAGUCUGCGGUCAACCCUCCUGUAGAGCCUGACGUGGAACCGACCAUUGAGCCUUCUGUCGAGCCCUAUGUCGAGCCCUAUGUCGAGCCUUCUGUCGGACAGACCCAGACGUCAAGCCCACCAUCAAGGCUGAGGUAGAGUCUCCUGUCGAGCCUAGCCCUAAUCCCGCUGUCGCAUCCGCCGCUGCCCCCUUUCCCGGAGACGUCUCUGCUGGCUUCCCUCCCUCUUUCGCCACUCCAAACAUCUUUGCGGUCUUCACUAUGCCUUCUUGGUUCGAGCCUCACACUAUGCUACCUCCGGCUUUUGGUGCCGCAGGUCAAGUCGGUGACGAGUGGGAAUACAAGAAGCUCAAGAACAUGGACGGGGAGAUGAGCCACAUGUUCUCUUACCCGCCCGUGAAGCCGCCCCUGAAGUCCACCUUUGAGCCCCCUGUCCACUUCUUGGCCGGCCUCGAGCCAAGCUUCUGUCUCAACGACAUCUCGGCGCCUUCCACCCCUGCUUCUUUGGAGGCGUCUCAGAUUCCGCUCCCUGCCUUCGAGGUCCAAGGUCUCUAUGGGAGUGAGAAGGGUUAUCACUAUAAGAUAUUGGGCUUUGACAUGGAAGAGAUCUUCACCACACCCCUCGACGCUUCCCGCCACAAGGCUCAUGUUACGCCUAUCACUCUCCUCGUC